AUGGGAAAUUGCUGUCGAAGUCGGUGCAAGAUUGAUGGCACUUUGAAGCCCCAACCUUGUUCUGAUGUUAUCGAAGUUCCCAGUGGAAGCACCCAUUUGUUGGUUCAUUCAAAUCCAAACGGGUAUGGAUACAGUGAUGAAGGUAAACCUGAGAUUCUCCCCACUCCAAGAUCUGAAUGGGACAUACUUUCAUCCCCACAUUUAAAACCUUUCACACUACAUGAUCUUAAGAAGGCCACAAGAAAUUUUCAGCCUCAUAAUCUAAUUGGAGAAGGAGGAUUUGGUUAUGUCUAUAAGGGGGUGAUUAAUGAUAGUAAAUCCUUCGGAGAUACAAUUGCUGGAUCCAGAACAGAUGUAGCUGUGAAGAAGCUUAAGCCUGAAGGCUUUCAAGGCCACAAGGAGUGGCUGUCUGAAGUCAACUAUCUUGGCCAACUUCACCAUCCAAAUCUUGUCAAACUUAUUGGAUACUGCCUGGAAGGGGAUAACCGACUUUUAGUGUAUGAGUACAUGCCCAACGGAUGCUUGGAAGAUCAUAUAUUUCGAAAGAGUGCACAAACACUUCCUUGGGCAACAAGAAUCAAGAUUGCCACGGGUGCUGCUCGAGGUCUCUCCUUUCUACAUGAUUCUAAGCAACAAAUCAUUUACCGAGAUUUCAAGGCUUCUAAUAUUUUGCUAGAUUCGGAAUUUAAUGCAAAACUCUCAGACUUUGGAUUGGCCAAAGCAGGGCCCACCGGAGACCAUUCUCAUGUUUCCACUCAAGUUCUGGGCACUCGCGGCUACGCUGCUCCUGAAUAUAUUGCUACAGGUCGGUUGACUUCAAGAUGUGAUGUCUAUAGCUUUGGGGUUAUGCUAUUGGAACUACUAUCAGGGCGCCAUGCUAUUGAUAACACGAAAUCCGGAGUGGAACAUAAUCUGGUAGAAUGGGCAAGACCCUAUUUGGGUGAUAGGAGGAAGUUGUUCCGGAUUAUGGACACCAAGUUAGAAGGGCAAUACCCGCAGAGGGCAGCUUAUACAGUUGCUAUAAUUGCUUUACAAUGUAUUUCUGAGGCCAAGAGUAGACCACAAAUGUCUGAAGUUUUGGCUGCCUUGGAACACCUGCCAGCCAUUAGACAUUCAUCUAGCCCGUCUAGAGAAGACAAACCCAAACAGAAUCCCAAGAGAGAGGUUCUAAGUCCUGCAGCAAAUUUCCCUUUGCGACAUAACCAUGCUCAACAAAAGCCAGAGUUGUGA